UCUCUCCUCAAGUCAACAUGCCUCCCAAGGUCGUCAAGCAGUCCAACCAGGAGGUGUCCCUCGGCCCUCAGGUCGGCGAGGGUGAGCUCGUCUUCGGCGUUGCCCGUAUCUUCGCCUCGUUCAACGACACCUUCGUCCACAUCACCGAUCUCUCGGGCAAGGAGACCAUCUCUCGUGUCACUGGCGGCAUGAAGGUCAAGGCCGACCGCGACGAGUCCUCCCCCUACGCUGCCAUGCUUGCCGCUCAGGACUGCGCUGCUCGCUGCAAGGAGGUCGGCAUCACUGCCCUCCACGUCAAGCUGCGCGCUACGGGUGGUACGGGCACAAAGACCCCCGGCCCCGGUGCUCAGUCGGCCCUCCGUGCUCUUGCCCGCGCUGGUAUGCGCAUUGGCCGUAUCGAGGACGUUACUCCCGUCCCCACCGACUCGACUCGCAGGAAGGGUGGUCGUCGUGGUCGUCGUCUCUAAUUGCGCGGGUGCGCAUUGGAGUACAUUACCACAUGUACGGCACGGCAAACGCCUCGUAUCUUCUUGUCGCCUUCGUUUCGCGCGGGCAGGGUCACUUCAAGACCUCCCCCGGCGCGCCGAAUCGUCGCAUCGAAAAAUGUCAUUCAUUUUGUCAAUCACAAGAGCGAUGCGAGCGAGCGAGCGAGCCAGCAGCGAGCCAGUAAGCGUGCGUUGAAUGUCCUCGUUGCUAGUCAUCGGUCGAGGCUGCCAAGCGGAGCUACCAUAUCGUGAUGAGUCUGAGAUU